UCGACGACGGUAAGCAAAAUGGAAGUGGUUGUGAUUGAAGAUAAGGCUCCGGAGAAGCCUUCUGUGCAGCCACGGAGGCGCGCCUUCAUGGAUGGGAGUACAUCCUCCAACAUUUCCGCUGAUGUGCCCAUUGUUCACGUGGAAAUGGCUGACAUUCACUCACGCAGACCCAUCCCAAUGCCAAGACGUGGUGCAGCAGCAGUGCAGGAAGUGAAGGUUGAGCAGGAAAUUGUGGAUGUUACCUCCUUGGAAUCCGAUGACACGGGCAAGGAGAUUUUCUUUGCUGAAAGUCGCAAGAAUACCAUCAUUCAACCAGAUGUUGAGUAUCCUCACACCAAGCUCGAAAGGAUUGCGAGUGAAUCCUCAACGAAGCACGACACCCCAAGAAAUGAAGAAAUGUCCAACAGGGAGUCUUCCAGCAAUCCUCCUUCAACGAUCUCCUCAUCGACUUAUGCGCGGGAUGAUGGGGAAUCAGAUGCGCUGCAGGAAGUUAGUGAAGCAGCAGCAGCACCUAGUUUGCCCUCAGUUGCAGCAAGUGAAAGUUCCACCACGAAGAAGCGCAAGAAGCGUACAAAGAAACGUGAUCGUUACACUGAACUUGAAGAUCAGUCGUCAAGUCCGCUAAAGAAGGGCUUCAGCUACGAAUACAUCGUUGGAAUCUACCUGCAUCACAUUGCAAAGCUCAAGAUUCCAAAACAGUUCAAAUCCUCCCAAGGUCCUAGGAUCAGAAUAUCCUGGUACGAUGUAGACAGUGAGCAGCUCCUGAAGAAAAGUGACCCAAAUCGCAAUGUAAGCCUCCACGGUGAGCAUAUGGACUACAUCCAGCCACUCCUAAGUCGUGAAAGUCGCAUCCAGAAUGGCCCAAGAACGAAAUACAUCUGCUGCGAAUGGGAGGAACUACUGAUCUUCAAUGAAGACAUUGAACGCAUGAAGAGUGGUCGUGUUGUUGUCUUCUUUGAGCUUCUCUGUGUCACUCAGGGGGGUCUUGAGGGCAUCUCCUGGGCCUUCCUGAAGCCCUACCUCGAAGAUACCUUCAGUAACAUUGAUAAACGCAGCGAACUGCAACUGUUCGAAUACUACAAGUCCCGGAAAGAAGUCUUCGGGAUCUUUGAACAAUGGAAGAAGCCACGUAGAAAGUUUCCAGCAACCAUCGUAAUCACCCUCAAGGGUGUUCGACCCCUUCCAAUAGAUCCCGAAGAUUCCCUUCGUCCCAUGAAUGUACUACAGAAGGAGAGACUUGUUGAAUUUACGGAAGCACCAGAUGGGAGUGAGGACGUGCCCACCACAGAUCCAGUUGCAGAAGUUAAAGAGAGCAGAAAGAAGUUUCCAGGGCAGCAGUCCAAGUGUCCCAAUCAGUUGGCAAAAAAAUUAAAAGGUGGCCCAAAAGGGAGCUUCGUGGCACGUUUUCAUCCCGAUGGUACACUCCUGAUUUAUUCUGCAGUUGAUUGUCAGCGAGCUGAUUUGAUUGUGACAUCGAUUCCAAAUUUGGAAACUCUUUCCUGCUUAGAAGGUCACACAGGAACAGUCUAUGAUCUGGAUUUUUACUCUAGAAGAGACAGGAAUAACAAUCAGGAUCCAUUCCCGGUUGUUUUUGCAUCUGCUUCAGCGGAUAGAACUGUUGCAAUUUGGAAUGUGAAGCAAGAUGGUUACAGUUCCAAGGCUUUACCUCAUCCGUCUUUCGUCUACUGCUGCCGUUUUAUAAGAGUCGACGGUGGGAAGGAAAUAAUCCUUUCGGGUGGACGGGAUUGCGUGAUUCGUCUGUGGGAUUUUGAAAGUCCCGACGAGUGCUCCUACUUUGAUGAACUAACAAACCAUGAAGGCUUUGUAACGUGCCUGUGUGUAGGGAAAGGCGGUGGAAUAUUCUUCAGUGGUGACAGUGAAGGAACAGUGUUUGAAUGGCAUUGGAAGAAAGAUUCAUUUGACGCAGUACGAUCACUGACGAUCAGUUCAGUUGAUCAGGAGAUGAUCUAUGGGUUGUCGCUGCAUACAAGGGGUGAGAAGAUCCUCGUUGGAACGUCCGCAAACACCAUUUACUGCGUUGAUAUGAAGUCUCGCGUUGUGCUGCGUUCAUACCAAAACUCCAAUCUUCAUGAAAGUCGAUCAGCUUUUAGAUUUAUCCUUACACCGUGUGGUAAUCUCCUCUUUGGCUGCUCAGAUCAGGUCAUUGCCUGCUGGAACACCGUAACUGGAGAUCAUGUGGACAUUGACUUUGAUCUACCAGCCCUCCCUUCUGAUUGCUUUAUUAGCAGCUUGGAUUUCUGCAUGAAUGACUCUCUCCUGAUCCUCGCUGUCUACGGCAGUGGUGGUGGGGUCUUUGCCUUUGACUACGCUGCCAAGGAGGAGAGCACAAAGGUGCCACUAAGGAGUCGCUUUAGGCAACUCGGAACGGAUCUUCGACGGAAGAUUGAGGUGAAGAAUAAAUUGACGGAGAUCAUCCGGAAGAUUGAUGAUGUCUUUGUGAUUCCCAAGAAUAUUGCCAGACUAUCGGAUGAUGACAAAUUGCUGGAGCGCAAACUUACGCGGAAUCGCGAAGAGAUCACUGAAUGGCUCAACAAUGUGGCAACGCAUUCAAUGAAGCUCCCAUCGAGCAUUUCCCACAGUUCAACGUACACCAUUCACAGGGAUUCAGAUGAGUCCUCAGAUGAGAGUGGGGCUACUUUCACAGUUGAUGCGCCCCCUCCGAAGCCACCACGCUCCAAAAUCCCCAUCAGAUGCAAAGAUAAACCCAAAGGGGACAAAAUGAACAAAGAAGCGAAUUUAACUUAUGAAAUUGCCCCAAAAUCUGAACCAGAAUCCGAUGAUACCACCAUCUCUGAGGAACUUCAGUAAAACAAAAACGUUUUUUAAUGCUUUUCUUUGGCUUAAUUAUUGAUAAUUUUAGUUUCUUUCAGAUUUUCUGCUUUUUUAGCUUCUUUUUCAGCGCAAAUUUCCGUUAAAAAACAAUAAAAAAUUUAAAUGGAAGAUUAAGAACAGUUUUAAUAAGCAAAAUGGCGGCGGCUUGGGUUUAAUUAAUCUGUAUUUGAUUAUUUUUCUUAAUUCAAAUUCAAUCUAAGAAAAUUUCUCAGUUUCUGACUAUGCUGAUUAUCUUCCAACUCUUAUUCUGUACUGAAAACUUGAUAAAAUUAAAGAAUUUCCUUAAAAAAAUAACAUUUUUUUUGCCUUUGACAAACAAAAUGGCGUCGUCUUGGAUUUGAAUAAUUUUUUUAAUGUUUCUUCAUUCAAAUUCAAUUAAAAAAAAUUUUUUGUUUACUUACUUCCUUUCAAUUCUUAUCCUGUUCUGAAAAUAAAAGAAUUUCGUUAAAUAAAAAAACAUUUUUUUUGUUUGAUAAACAAAAUGGCGCCGGCUUUAUUUUGAUUAAUCUUUAAUUUAUUUUUUCCUUAUUUCAAAUUCAAUCUUAGAACUUUUUUUAUUCGCUGCGGUUACUGACUACGUAACGUUGAAUACUUUCCAAUUCUUUUCUGUGUUAUAAAAGAAAGAAUUUUCUUAAAAAACAAUUUUUUCUGCCUUCAAUAAACUUUGUAAACAGUU